AAGAAAACAGAAACAAUAAUAUAUCAUGCUAUAUUAUUAAAGUAAUACAAUUAUAUUGCACUCAACGUAUUGUGUUAGUUAAAUGAAAGAGCAGAAGUAGUAUAUCUAUAUUAGCUAUUGAUCAAUAUGCUAUUAUUGAAUAAUUGAUAGACGAGCGUUUUAUAUUGUUGUUUAUUUGUAUAUAAUAUUUUUGGCGGUACAACAUUGUAUGUAAGUAUUGACGUUGGGUUUUUUGCUGAUGGUUAGUUCCAUCAUCAUUUAAAUACUCCUGAAUGGUAAAACGGCUCAUAGUCAUGUUUGAACUAAUGUGUCGACGAACAACAUAAUUUGUGGAUUGAUUCAAAUCAAUUGUGUAUCGAAUCUUAAUAUUGUCUACUUCACGGCGACAUUUGUUAUCAACGAUGACAACAAUUUAUGCUGAAUCCUAUCUGAAUAGCCCAUUGGUGCAAGCAUUGGGGGUGAGUGGUACAUCAGCUGUACGGGAAGUGUUAGAACGUGAUUUUGGGGAAUAUACAGCAACCAAUAUAGAGGCUAAUCCACAUCUUGUUGAUAGCGAUGAUUAUGCAGCGAAAAGAAAAAGUUUAAUAGAUCCAAAUACACAUAUUACACCCUUAUGUCAACUUUCGAGAAAAUCUGAAAAUGAAGCAAUUGAAAUCGCAAAGAUGCUGGUGCUUGAGUAUAAACUCAUUGAUGCAAAUCAUAUUGAUUUGAUGGGACAAACAGCACUUUUCUACGGAGCUAGGGAUGGGUGGACGAACUUCUGUGAAUUGCUCGCUCAAAAUGGAUGCGAUCCUAACCAUCAAGACAGAUUGGGCCAGACAUGUCUAUUCUAUGCAUCCAGAGAGGGUCAUCAUGAAACAUUAGAAGCACUUAUCGCACACAAGGCUGAUGUCAAUCUAUUAGACACAAAUAAACAAAACUGUCUAUUUUACGCCGCAAGGGAUGGUCGUUUGGAAGCAGCUAAGGUUUUAAUUAAGCACGGUAUAAACCACAACUUGAAGGAUGCCCAAAGGAGGCAAGCAAUUACGUUCGCUAAGCUCAAAAACCAAACAGAAAUUGUAAACCUUUUAAAGAGUCUCUCAAAAUCAUCAUCUCAGCCAGCUAAACGUUCGCUGAGCGAACGCUUAGACGUAGAUGGCUUAUUAAAUAGUUCUAGCGUAUUAGAUGAAAAAAAGACAGGUGUACCGGUUAUACCGAAGGAAGGUGGGAAACCUAGGAAGUACAGGUUGCAAUUUCGACCGUUUGAUGACGAUACAAAUCUGUGGGUAGAUGCUCCUCUCAUUAAAAUUAGGGAAUUUGAAAUGAGAUUUCCAGAAUUGGCUACAUGGGAUAAGGAUGCUCCAUUUGCACCUGUAGCAACUCUUAGGAACCCAUUGAUUAAACAAUGGCAUCAGGUUGGUAUGAGUUUGCUAUCUUCUAUGUCGAAACAAAAGGGUGGUUAUGUCUUCGAACGACCGGUGGAUCCAAAGAAACAAAACUGUCCAGACUAUUUCGAUAUUGUGGAAAAGCCAAUGUCAUUUUCUUGCAUCAAGGCAAAAAUUAGACGUAAUGCAUAUACCAAGCCACAAGAAUUCCUUGAUGAUUGCCAACUGGUUUUUGACAAUUGCUUCAAAUACAAUAAGCCUGAUACAUGGAUUGCACAAAUCGGUCGUACAAUAGAGGCGUUUUUCAAAAAUCAAGUUAAGGAGGUCGGUUUUGAAUCGUUCAUACAUAAACAUUCGUUAAUGGAUACGCUUAUGGAUAAAGCAAAGAUAUAUGUUGAAGCUAAUGACAAAGAGCCCAACGAUGCUUCAGCAACUGUACAAUCUUUCCCAGAGGAUCUUAUAUCCGACGCUACUAGUGAUUUCCCUGCUAAUGCGGAUGGUAAUCGUAACAACAACAAGGGAGAUCAUGUAGAUAAAAAAGAUACGUCAGAAUUCUGCAAGAUGGAAGAAAAUUCUGUUGGGCAUCCUCCCGUCGACUCCAAUAAUCUUAAUGAGGAUGGAACAACAAAUCAUAUGAAGCAAGAAAAUGGAAGCCAAACUAAUAUUACUGAUUCCAGUGUGAAAGCCGAAUCGAAGAAGAAAAUGCAGGAGUCUGAAAUGAUUUCAAACACGGAUGAGAAGGGUGGUGAUGACUCUUAACGACACAAACAUUAUUGAAUUCAUGAUGUUGCAGCGCACAUUAGUUCAAUCAUAUGUCACAAUAGACCAUUACAUCACAAUGACAUGAAUAUAACAUUUAAUCUAUGCUGAUUGCU